UUCAUUUUUGCGUCCUAAAGCCAAAUGUUCUCACGUGUUUUUUUGACGUAUUUAAAAUGAAAGUUCCUUUAAAAACUGAUACUAGUUUUUUCUAAAAAUAAUUUUUAAAGCGACAUAAUCUGACAUUCAGUUUAGACUCUGGUAAUUUUAGUCAGACACAGAGAGAAAAAAAUAGUUUGCUGCCAUUUUAACACUACGAAUAAGGACAGGUUGCAUAACAUGACGACCGCUUACAUAGGCCUACAUCCAAAUAAAGCGUGCGUUACCUGCUGAUAGGUGAUGACCGUCCCUGUCAAAUGCUCGUGGUUUAUUAGAGGAGUCUCGUGCACUUGAUGUGCGCCGCAGGCUGGUUACAGUAACACUCAACAGUGUUUGGCUUCAACUUCAACAGACACAAUGGGAUGCGCAUCUAGCUCGACUACAACUCAAGAUACAACACAACCCAACACCAAACAAGAUGAAGAGACAGGGAAUGAAAACGGUGGUCCUGCUGUGGACACUGAGACAAAUCCAGAACCCCAGGCUGAGGGAUCUCCACAGACCGCCGAUACAGCCGCUGAUGAGACCAUCACACCUGAUGCUGCUGACCCUGUAGAGGCUGCCAAUGAUCAGCCUGAAGUACCAGAAACUGACCCCUCAACCACAGCUGAAGGUCAGGAAGAACCUGCACCGGCACAAAGUGAAAACACAACUGAGGAGAAGACAGAUUCUUCCACUCCAGAGAACGCACCUGAAAACACAACUGAGGAUUCCUCCCCGCCAGAGGAAGCUCCUGCCUCUACUGAAGAAAAUUAAAUCUGCAUCGAUCGGCACAGCGACUGCUCAAUCAAGACUGAAACACUCAUUUUAGUAAAGUCAGCAUUUUACUUAAGAUGUUAAUUUAGUGUAUACUUAUUGCUUGCUUGUUGCCAAACUAGACCAGUUGGUCUAGUAAAUCUCUGUGCCUUUCUUUAUACAGUAUGCAUAUAUCAGUGGUUCCCAAACUGGGGGGUGCCGGAGGGGCACGGUUUUAUAACAUUUUAAAAUAUGCAUUAAUUCUCUGUUAUCGAACACCUCAUUUAAUAAUUCAAUAAGUGUUUGUUUAAUUCAAAUUGUUAGUUUUAUUUCAAGAAUUUUCUUUUUGGUUGGCCACACAGGGAUGCACACUGAAAAGUCUGAGAACCAUUGAUUUAUAUAAUGCAGUUACCCAACACCAGUUGUAGUUUAAUGAAUUGGUGUUGCUUUAACUAGAUCUUCUAUUGGUGCCUCUCCUCAUUGGCUUAAAAUAGUGCAUAAAAAGCCAAAGAAAUAUAUUAAAACUGUGAUUUACUUGAUAAUAAUAGUUAAUAGUUUGUGAUUAUUCAAAUCUCUAAUCUUUAAGAAAGACUGUUAUUUAUGAAUUUAAAAUCAUGAUUAAGUAUGUGA